CGGAAAGCCUGGCGGGUCCUGAGCUGCGUUGAUUCGCCAAAACUACAGAAAAAAUCAAACAGCCAACUAAGCCUGUAUAUUAAGUAUACAAUGCGUUAUGGCUUCGUUUGUGACAGAAGUCCUCGCCAGCUCUGGCAAACUGGAGAAAGAAGACCUGUCCAGCAAAAUUAGCAAAAUGUCACGCAAGGUGGAAGACACGAAGGAUAAAGUUUGUGACAUGAUGAAUAAGAGGUAUAGCGAUUUCCUGCCUAGCCUUCAAUCAUCUGAGACAUUAAUGGGACAUGUGGAUGAGGUUUCCAAGGAAAUGGAAGGUCUUAAAAACUGUAUUGAGAAUGAGGUGCAGCAAAAUAUCCAUGUUGCUGUGGUUGAAUAUGCCAAACUGAAGCAGCAGCUUGAGAAAAAUACUGACAUCAUAUCAAUACUUGGACACCUAAAAGACUUUCACAAUGCAAUGGAGGAGUUCAACAAAGCCUUAUUGGAGAAGAAGUACGUAGAUGCAGCCAACUUGCUGGAAAAGGCAAGACUCAGUGUGGAUUCACUGAAGAGUUCUCAGCUGCCCUUGCUCAGUGCUCUCAGCUCAGAGUUGACGGUGCAGAGAGAAAACUUAGUGUACCAUCUUGGAGAUGAAUGGAGGCGCCUUGUCAUCUGGACAUUACCUUCUUCCAAGGAGCCUGCAGGACUGAAGUCCUUCUUGAAGGUGGAGCUGAAACUGAGUGUCAGUUGCAGUAAGGACUCUGAACCCAGACCACUGGCUCUACUCUGCAAUGUACUCAAAGCUAUGGCCAUCCAGGGAGAGCUGCACAACAAGAUCAAAUUGUUCAGUCAGGUGCUGCUGAAAAACAUGUUGAAGCCUCUGGUGAUGUAUCCAUCUCUGUCUACGACGGUGAUAGAGCAGCAGGAAGAGGGCAUUGUUCUAGCCCUACAGUGUCUGGAAGAGACCCACAAAGAGAGAUCCACUCCUGCACAGGUCUACAGCAAACUGCUGCUAGUGCUCUACACACUGCACUCCCACCUGCUAGAUAUUUGCAUUGGUGACAAAAAGCUGUCAAUGAUCCUUGGAGAACUGAUUUGGGAAGAUAUUUCACAGUGUAUCAUCCAUGAGUGUUUGCUCUACUCCAUCCCCACCAACAGCAGUCAGUUGGAGAAAUACAGCACUGUGAUCAAGGAAACAGAAGAGUUUGAAAAGAGUCUGAAGGAGAUGGAGUAUCUUCAGGGUGAUUCAACAGACCUGCUCAAAUAUGCCAGGGAUGUCAACUGUCACUUUGCCAGCAAGAAGUGCAGAGAUGUCAUUGUGGCAGCCCGCACACUCAUGACCUCAAAGAUGCACAACACAGUCAAAAUCACUCCAGAUUCCAGACUGUGUCUGCCCAAGCUCCCUGCUUCAGGCUUGGACAAGAAAAAGGAGAACUGUAAAGAGGAGGUGACCAUGGAGAACAGCAAGCAACUGUCUGCAUGGAGUCUGUGUCUACCAGCCUGUCGCAUCAGUGAAUCAGUGCAGCAACUGAUGGAGCUGGCACUCAGCACUCUGUGUGAGGCUGUUGGAAGUUCCACCCAGUGUGCACUACAACUCUUCUUCACAGUGAGAAAUAUUUUCCAGCUGUUUUAUGAUGUUGUACCAACAUACCACAAGGAGAACCUGCUGAGGUUUCCUCAUCUGGCUGCCAUCCAGCACAACAACUGUAUGUACCUGGCCCACUACUUGCUCACACUAGGCCACCAUUUCAGAGCCCACCUGCCAGAACCACUCUGUGAGGGCGUCGCAACAUUUGUGGACAUGGUUCCCGGCUUCAGGAAACUAGGUGCACAGUGCUUCUUGGCUCAGCUGAAUGUGCAAAGAGCUGAAUUGUUAGAGAGGCUGUCUACUGCACAUAAAUUCUGCAAUCUGGAUGAUGGCGAAAACUACAUUGCAGCCAGUAAAGCAGUCAGACAAGUCAUCCAUCAGCUGAAGCAGCUGGGCACAGUGUGGCAGGAAGUGCUUCCAGUCACUAUAUACUGUAAAGCCAUGGGGAACCUCCUCAACACAGCUAUUGCAGAGAUCAUCAGCAAAAUCAUGAUGCUCGAGGAUAUCUCCUCAGAGGAUGGGGAGCAUCUGCAUACUCUGUGUCAGACAAUCACUGAGGAAGGUCCGUUAGUCUUCACCCCUCUGGCGGAGGAAAACAAGAAUGAGAAAUACCAAGAGGAAGUGUCUCUUUAUGUGAAGAAGUGGAGUAUGUUCAAGGAGCUCGUCAUAGUGCUGAGGGCCAACCUGCAAGAAAUAGUUGACAGGUGGGCUGAUGCUAAAGGCCCGUUGGCAAUGGAGUUCACCAGUUCAGAAGUGAAGAGUCUGAUCCGAGCCUUGUUCCAGAACACAGAGAGGAGAGCGGUGGCUCUGACAAAAAUCAAAUAGAUCAGAACAAACUGCCAUCAAAAACACUUUGUUUUCUCAGAAAAACAUGUAUACCUUCAUCAUUUUCUGUUCUCAGUAGAACUCAAUAAAAUUCUAACCAUGAACUUUAUGUUUGCUCCACAUUGUUUUAGCAGAUGUGGGUGGCUCUGUGGUUGUAAUCUGUGUUCCUCCUGAGCAGAUACACUGCAAUCAGUGCUUCAAAGAUUAUACAAGGCCUUUCGACUGGCUCCAGUAAUGCUCGCUAUAGUUGUGUAACCUGUGGCUAACCAUCUGCUGACUGGUCAUGUUCUAUCCAGGGUUAAUGUUUGAACUUAAAUCUGUUGCUCUACACUUAAACACAUUGAAGUCACAAUUUUACACAACUGACUGAGCUGCCUGUGAGGAAACUCAUUGUAUAAAUGCGGCGAUGCAGUGGUGUGUGUUAACCUCAGUGCCUCAAAAUGAUCACUUAACAUGGAUCCACGUAUCUUGUUAUGCAUUUUCUGUACAAGCUAUUAAACAUGUCACUUAUAUUUGUCCAAACUAUUUUCCGUUGUUUUAAAUAAAUAAUUUCUGUAACAGAUCA